AGAAAUAUUCGUGUUUCAUUGGUGCAUUGGUUUCAUAGUAAUGUGUAUAAUUGCUGGCAUUUGUGUUUAGGAGAUGAGUCCAUAAUCACACUUUGCUAUUCUCAUUGCUCAUCCAAAGAGCAGGAGGUCACAUGUCAAAUCGUGAACGACGCAUUAGCAACAAGCGUAUGGCGGUGUUGCUUUAGUCGCAAGUAUCUAGAAUGAGCAGGGCAAGUGGCGCUGCCUCCCAAGACGCGGAAAUUUACACCGAUGAGCCUCCGAGGUACAAAAAUGCAGGGACCUUACAUUCGUCCGAGCGCACUGGCUCAGCUACGAGCAGCUCAAGGGGCGGUCCCGUCUCCUCCACAGCAGGAAGCAGGCAGGCUACGUCACCGAAUAAGGCGAGCACGGCUCCGAGCGAGUCGAACCGAUCUGCACAUGGGCAGGAAGCACAACAGGCGCACGGUAACCAAG